AUGUAUGCUGUGUCUACUAGUGAUGAGGGUGACUGCUACCUGUGUGUUCCGCCUGACCCGGGCAUUGAGGCUGCUGCUCUAGGUGCUGGUGAGACUGCUGCUCUAGGUGCUAGUGCGUCUACUGCCCCAGGUGCUGGUGCGUCUGCUCUCUCAGGUACCACGUCGGCUCAGGCCCUACACACCUUCACCCUUGACUCGGGUGCUUCCCGCUCCUUCUUUCGAGACCGCACCACGCUUACGCCGCUUCGUCGGCCGGUUGCGGUCUCCCUGGCGGACCCCUCUGGGGGUCCUGUCCUUGCUAGCUUCUCCACUGUCUUACCGUGUCCGGCAGCCCCCUCUGGCACCCUGUCCGGUCUCUACCUCCCCUCGUUCUCUACAAACUUGGUGAGUGGUGCUGAUCUACAGGAUCGGGGGGUUGACCAGUUCACUCCUGCGAGUCAGCGGGUGACCCACUGUACGUGUGCUCGGACGGGCCGACACUUGGCCACGUUUACCCGUCGACCGGGGUCGAGCCUGUACACACUGACUACUGAGUCUCCUCCGGUUACUGAGUCUGGUCAGGUCGCUGCGUCGCGUCAGGUGUUGGCUGCAGCGUCCAGGUCUGGUCCUGAGUCUGCUCCCUGCUCGUGUCGUCUCCUGUCCCACCAGACUCUCCUUUGGCACCACCGCCUUGGUCACCCCUCCCUGCCUCGUCUCCGAGGCAUGGCCUCCCGUGUCCUUGUCUCUGGUCUCCCCCGGUCCCUACCUCCCCUGCCUCCGGGGCCUGCCCCUACCUGCGUCCCCUGCGUCGAGGGACGGCAGCGCGCCGCCCCUCACUCCUCCGAGUUUCCUCCGACAGCGGCUCCACUGCAGACUAUUCACAUGGACGUGUGGGGCCCCGCCCGCGUGCGUGGCCAGGGUCACGAGCGUUACUUCCUGUUGGUGGUUGACGACUACUCGCGUUACACCACGUGUUCCCCUUGCGCAGCAAGGACCUUCACGCUUCCGGCUUCUCCACAGCAAAAUGGGAUUGCUGAGCGCCGCAUUGGCAUGGUCAUGGACGUCGCUCGUACGUCCAUGAUCCAUGCGGCUGCCCCCCAUUUUCUGUGGCCGUUUGCGGUUCAGUACGCAGCGCAUCAGCUCAACCUUCAGCCCCGGGUCUCCUUGCCAGAGACCUCCCCCACCUUGCGGUGGACGGGGAAGGUUGGUGAUGCGUCUGCGUUUCGGGUCUGGGGAUCUCGAGCGUUUGUCCGCGACUCGUCUGCGGACAAGCUGUCCCCCCGUGCUGUUCCCUGCGUCUUCCUUGGCUUCCCCCCUGACGCGCCUGGGUGGCAGUUUUACCACCCCACCUCGCGCCGUGUUCUGUCCUCCCAGGACGUCACCUUUGACGAGUCGGUGCCUUACUACCGUCUCUUCCCCUACCGCACUGCGCCCCUCCCCCCGCCGCCGCUCUUCCUUGCGCCAGGUCCUCCCCCGGUAUACCCUUUCCCCCCUCAGGGUCCUGCCCCGUCAGGUGUGUCCCAGGUAGACGCUGUCGAGCCUGUCGAGGUAGCUGUUGAGUCUGGUGCUGCUAGGGGAGCUGAGCCUGUGGGUGCCGGGUCUGGGGGUGUUGAGCCUGGGGGUGCGGAGCCUGGGGGUGCUGAGUCUCGAGGUGCUGAGUCUGGGGGUGCUGAGCCUGGGGGUGCGGAGUCUUGGGGUGCUGAGCCUGGGGGUCCGGAGCCUGGGGGUGCGGAGCCUGGGGGUGCUGGGUCUGCUCGGGUGGCCUCUGGCGGUGCUUCGUCGAGGCGGGAGCCACUCUCUCCGCAGGAGCUGCGCGAGUGGUUUGCCCGACGCUGGAGCCGAGCUGCUGGAGCUGGAGGUGCUACUGUUGCUCCUGGUCCUGGAGGUGCUCGUACUGGCGGUACUGGAGCUACUGGGACUGGGGGUGCUGCUGGCGGUACUGGAGCUGACGGUCCUGCUAGAGCUGGAGCUGCUGGAGCUGACGCUGCUGUGGGUGUUGGCGCUGGUGGUGCUGCUGGCGCUGGUGCUUCUAGGGCUGUUGGAGCUGGAGGUGCUGCUGGCGCUGGUGCUGACGCUGGGGGUGCUGGUGCUGUCCCUGCUGGUUCUGGAGGCGCUGCGCGGCCGCGGCCGUACUUCGUUCCGCUCCUUGAGCAGGUUCUUGGUCUCCCGCCCUCUACUGGUCCUGCUCCUCCCUUAGAGUGUCCACAGCCUGUCCAGUCCGAGUCACAGUUACAGCCCGCCUCCCCCCUUCCUGCUCCUUCUCCCUACACUGGUCCUACUGGAGGUCUUGCUGAGCGUUGUGAGCCUGCGUCUCAACCUGCGUCGCCUGUUCGUGCUGCUCGCACUAGUCGUCGUGCUCCGCGUCCGCGUCCUCCUGCAGUCCCAGGCACACACCAGAUGGCACUGCGUCCUUCCACUGCUCCUCUGCGUGUCCCGUUGCCGUCUCCUCCAGAGUCCUCUCUUCCUGUUCCUGCUGACCCAGAGUCUGACUCUCUUCGUGCUGCCAGUCCUACUGUCACGCGUCUCCUGGCCACUGUUGUUACUGACCCUUCCUUUGAGUCCACUGCUGCAUCUGCCUUCGUUGCUGAGCUUGUCGACUUUGCUGCUCGCUGUCGUCUAGACUACGCCACUAGUCUCGUUGCUGAGUUUGAGUCUGUCUGUCCUCCGUCCGUCGCGGGUGAGUGUGCUCUUAGCACGGACGUCCUUGAGGACAGGCAGGAGGAGUUCCAGUGUUUUGCUGCUGCUUUGCCUCAUCUCUGGCAGUCAGCCAUGGAUGCAGAGAUGGCUUCCUGGAAGUCCACAGGCACUUACGUCGACGAGGUUCCCCCACCUGGGGCGAACAUCGUCAGUGGCAUGUGGAUUUUCAGGGUGAAGCGGCCGCCGGGUUCUCCCCCUGUCUUCAAGGCGCGUUACGUGGCUCAAGGCUUCAGUCAGCGGCAGGGAGUUGACUACUUUCAGACCUUCUCCCCGACCCCGAAGAUGACCACUCUUCGGGUUCUACUACACGUUGCUGCUCAGCGAGAUUACGAGCUUCACUCUCUUGACUUCAGCACUGCUUUCCUGCAGGGCAGCCUGCACAAGGAGAUCUGGCUGCGCCGCCCACCUGGCUUCACUGGGUCGUUUCCUGCUGGUACCCAGUGGAGCCUCCGGCGGCCAGUCUACGGUCUCUGCCAGGCGCCCCGUGAGUGGCACGACACACUGAGGACUACUCUUGCGGCUCUUGGGUUUGCUCCUUCUACUGCUGACCGGUCGCUGUUUCUUCGCACCGACACUUUACUGCCGCCGUUCUACGUCCUCGUGUACGUCGACGACUUGGUCUUUGCUACGGCUGACACUGCUGGACUCGCCCACGUGAAGUCCGAGCUGCAGAAGAGACACAUGUGCACAGACCUGGGUGAACUGCGCAGCUAUCUUGGCUUGCAGAUCACUCGGGACAGAGCACGGCGCACCAUUACCCUGACUCAGUCACACAUGGUGCAGCAGGUCCUUCAGCGCUUCGACUUCACGUACUCCUCGCCUCAGGCCACUCCUCUGUCUACUCGCCACUCGCUCUCAGCUCUGCCUUCGGAUGAGUCCGUAGAGCCGAGUGGCCCGUACCCAGAGCUUGUUGGCUGCCUCAUGUACCUGAUGACCUGCACACGACCUGACCUAGCAUACCCUCUUAGCAUCUUGGCACGCUAUGUUGCUCCUGGGAGACACCGACCAGAGCACAUGGCUGCAGCGAAGAGGGUGUUGCGCUACUUGUGCAGUACGUCGGGCAUGGGGCUAGUGCUUGGAGGGCGGAGUCCAGUGGUCCUUACUGGUCACGCAGACGCGUCUUGGGUUGACGACCUGGCUACUCAGCGGUCGUCACAGGGUUACACCUUCAGCCUUGGUUCCGGCUCUGUUUCGUGGCGGUCUACCCGCUCGUCUUCUGUUCUCAGCUCCAGUUGUGAGGCUGAGAUCUACGCAGGGGCCAUGGCUGCACAGGAGUUACGCUGGCUCACCUACCUGCUGACUGACCUUGGAGAGCCGCCUCGUUCUCCUCCAGUUCUGUACGUAGACAACAAGGCCAUGCUGGCCUUGUGUCGGGAGCACAGACUGGAGCACAGAACGAAGCACAUUGCUCUUCGCUACUUCCUUGCUCGUGAGCUGCAGCAGCGUGGUCAGCUGCGACUUGCUUACGUGGCCUCUGAGGCCAACACUGCUGAUAUCUUUACCAAGGCACUUCCGCCUGGUGAUCAUCAGCGCUUCUGUACGAUGCUAGGUCUUGUGCCUACUUGGCCUCACUUGCUCACUUCUUGA